AUGGAUGCCGCUCAUGUUUGCGGCAUUAUCGUUGGACAUGGAUCUGCGAGCAUUGCUAUGAGUGAUGAAAGUGGUCAAAGGGUCUAUCAAGUGAGAGGAAAUGGAAUGGACAGCAAGCAGACAGGAGUGGGCAGCCUGGGACAGAAAAAUACCCAGACAGAGCUGGUGCAAGUUCCCCCUGUGGUUGUCCACACUCCAAACACACUCGCAGAUCAGUGCCCACACUCAGACACUGCAGAGUUUAGGACAUACUCCAACUCAUGUCCAUGUUCAACCUCAUACAACAAUACAGCAGCAGACCCACUUGCAGCAGGACAAUCAGAUACAACAGCAAGCGAUUAUACAACAACAGACACCAACCCAACAGAAACUUGUACAGCCACAAACCCACACCUCAUCACAAACACUCUCCCAGCCUCUCACAGAAGUGUCCCCUCUAACAAGGGCUCUCCUGGUGUACACACAACCACAGUUGCAAGCAGAAUCUCAAAUCCAGACGCAGGAAAUCCACACCCAGCCGCAGUGCAGAUUCAACCUCAGAUCCACUCCCAAGCUCAGCUUCACAUCCAGCCUCAGGUGCAUACAAACUCCCAAGUACAAGUCCAGUCUCUUACGCAUGCACAGCAACAGCAUGUGGAAGUGCAGCCUCAGCUCUCCCACUCUCAGUGUUCACUACAGCCACAGCUGCCUACUGCUGCCCAGACACCAAUAAUGCACACUAUUGCUGAUUUAGCAGAAGUACAGUUGCAGAGUUCAAAUCAGCAAGCAACAAAGGGCAGUGAUGGUCUGAUUGCAGUGCGAGUACCAGUAUCGCGGCAGCAUGAUUCAUCUGCUUUCAACACACGUAACUUACAAGCCACGAGUCUUGAACUUGGCCAGGUUCAAACUGCAAAUUCGCAAGCUCAGCUCAAUCAAACUCUCACAUCCAUCUCCCAGGAGCUUAGUACCUCACUCAACCAGGGCCAGAUAGUGGAUGCCUUAGGAACAGAGAGGGUGUUCGUAGCAUCGAAAAAUAACAAUGUUCAGUCAUCAGUCACUCUGGGAUCUUCUGUUACUUCUGUUGGAAUUGAUGGCAUACCUGUGAUGCGACUGCAAGGAAAUUUCAAUAUCCAGCUUGAUGAUGCUUCCCUCCCUAUGAUGAAUUCACCAAAGACCUCAUCUAAUACUGAAGUACCUCUUGUGCAGCAGCUAGUAAAUUCAGAUAUAACAACAACUCAGUUAGAUACUACUCAACUUACAACUGCACCAGUUAGUAGUUUGCAUGUAAUUCCACAGGGAGGCAUAGCACCCUCAGAAGUCAAGAAGAAUAAUGCACACUUUAAUUCUUUGAUUUCUAAUAACAGAUUGUUGAAUAAAAUGCUUGAUACUGUCAAACCUCACAUUCCGUCCCAAGUAUCAAAACCGGCAGAAAUUGCUCACCUUUUGCCGAAUCCAACAAUUAGAACCACCAGUGGACAACGCAUAGAAGAGCUUGAAGACACUUCAGUAAUGGCUUUUGCAGCAUCCAGUCGUGGCACUAGUCCACUGACUACUUCAGCAAACAAUCCAGGUGCCAGCAUAUGCACAGUGACAGGAGCUCUGCAUAGUUCCAGUGGGUAUGGUGAUUCGGUAGAUAAAACUGCUACAACUUUGCAACUAGAUAGUAUUGUAGGACUUUCAACAAACUUCCAGGUUAAUGAUAAUACUUUAAUACUUCCUUCUUCUAUGGCUCAGGGACAAACAUCUCAGCAAAGACAAUUUGAUAAUUUACAGCAGAUUCUUGGCACUCAGGUUACAAAACAAAUUGUUGACCCACAAUUAGAUGAUUUAAAAAGUGAUCAACUUAGAAUUUGGUCCACUACUGUACCAACAACACAGUUGAGCCAAGUAACAACAAGUAAUGCAUCAAAUAAUAUCACUUCUGCGGGACAUUCAGCAAUAGAAAAAAAUAUGAAGAGAACCAACCUACAAUCAGUGAAUCAAGGUAAUACAAACCUGAGAUCUUAUAAUGUUAUGUGUGUACCAGAAGGGUUGAAUAAAACAGGAAUGCUCCUAGACAUGCCUGUUAGACCACAGGGAAGUGUUUGUACAAAAUCAGGCUUGAUAACUUCCAUAGAUCCAAUGUUCCCCACAGUUGUUGUCACUUCAGGCAGUUCCUCCCCAACAUCACUUGGAACUUUUGGGACCUCUAAAACAUCAAGCACUCCCCAGGAAGGUACAACUCGUGUGAGAUUAGCAGAUCUUUUAAAUAGAGGAUCAAGCACUGAUACCUUGCUGGGGGGUGGUACAAGUCUGUCGCUAAUGGGGUUAUCAGAGAGUCGACUUCCGCACACUGGUGAUGUACUCCUGUCAGAGUUGCACCGUAGUGAUGAGAGUGAUCUGAGCCUAAGUGCCUCUUUGACUGGCUCUGCAGGUGAUGAGCUUCACAGCAAUGCAAAUGCUCUGGUAACAGAGGCUUCUCUUGGACCUGGGAUUGGAGGAGACACUGCACCACUACAGGGAUUGCCAUCCCCUCCACUUCCAAGUUUUAGUCUACCAAAUAUAACAUCUGAUUUCAUUGUAAGUGGAGUAUCAAAUAAUAAAGCCUGUCCAUCUAACCAAGGUCCACUCCCAGCUUUGCUGUCAAAUUUGGCUACAACAGCUGACCUUGAUCAAUUUUUAGAAAAUUCCAACAUGUGUAUUGACAUGAAUAGUCUUUCAGAGUCUGAUGCCUCCCUAAGCACAGGUCCAGGUACAUUUGGUUAUUCACCAGAAAAGGCUGAUAACUCAAAGAAAUCAUCCUCAACAAGCUCAGCAGACCUUACUUUCACUAGUGCUCUGAAAGCUGCCACCAAUAAAUCAGAAAAUGAGCAGCUGAAAUUAAGCUCAGAAUUAGAAUCUUCCAGUAGACUUCUUCUACACCAGGACUCAACUGUGCUAAUUGAAACCACAAAGUCCUCCACACCAGUGGCUUCCACAAAAAAUAGUGCUCCAGGGACAUUUAGUGGUAAUUUUGCAUCAUCACAGGUGUCCUUAGGAACACAGAAGGCGCAUUCAAAUAGCUCAAAGAAAUCUGAAGGCCAAGGUAGUGCCAAAAAUACAGGUCAUAGUGAAAAGAGGAAAGAAAUAUUCAGAAAGAAUGAACUUCUUGUACAACAGGUAGCUUGCUUUAAGUGUCGCCUGUGUUCCUGUUUGAGUCAGGACAGGAGCCUGAUGGUGAAACACAUGAAAGAAAUGCACAGUCAAUAUCUUUCAGAGUCCGAAGAAUCAGAAGAGGAGGUGGAAAGACCUGUGUCAAAAAGAGUUAAAGUCUUUGUGCCAAGGAGUGAGAGCAGCCAGUCUGAGGGUUCUCCACCACCCAAUCCUCC